GGUGUUCCCUUCCUUGCCUGCAGCGUGCUAAGGUCGUGUGUUGGCGUGCAUCUCUGGGCAAGCUCUCCUCUGUCUGUCUUUGAUUUGCAGAACAAUCAAGUUCUUGGGAUCGGAAGCGGGUCUACAAUUGUCCACGCGGUGCAUCGAUUAGCUGAGAGGGUUAAAGAGGAGAACCUGAGGAUUGUCUGCAUCCCUACGUCUUUCCAGGCCCGCCAGCUGAUCCUGCAGAACGGCUUAACGCUAAGUGACUUGGACCGACAUCCAGAGCUUGACGUUGCCAUCGAUGGAGCAGAUGAAGUGGACUCUGACCUCAAUCUUAUCAAAGGUGGCGGUGGCUGUUUGACGCAGGAGAAGAUAGUUGCAGGAUAUGCAAAAUGCUUCAUCGUUAUUGCCGAUUACAGGAAAAAAUCGGAGAGCCUCGGGGAGAAGUGGAAGAAGGGAAUUCCUAUCGAAGUCAUCCCCAUGGCUUACGUCCCUGUCACCAGAGCUCUGACCAAAAACUUCGGAGGCGCUGUGGAGCUGCGGAUGGCUGUUAGCAAAGCGGGCCCUGUGGUGACAGACAACGGGAACUUCAUCCUGGACUGGAAGUUCGACAAGGUUCAUGAAUGGAGUGAAGUGAACACCGCUAUAAAAAUGAUACCAGGUAAUGCCU